GCCGAGUAGAAACUGAAUUGGAUGCGAGGCGGUGCCCUGGCCGUGGAUCGCUUGGCAACAGCACCCUCCGCGUGCGGAAGAGGGUUCUUAUUCAGUCCCAAGUGCAUAAAGCUUUCCAUGAAUUUUGGAGAUGUACAGUCUUCGACUGGUUCGACCACAGAUCAGCCAAAAUGGGCGACCAGGCUGCAGAAAUUCAAUGGGGCUCGUUUGGCUCUCUAGAAACGCUAACGACCUGUGACAUCGACGCCAUUUCGAACUUCGACCAAGAUUUUAUCGUUGUGUCGACUGCGUUCAAUCUGCAUACCCCAUUUCCUUCCCCCUACACGGAUAACCCCCCGGACUGUAUCCUCCAAACUUCAGAUCAGAUCUUGUUCCACGUGCACAGAGAAAGACUUCAAAGCAAAUCUCGGACCUCCUUUGGUGGCCUCUUCACCGAUAGUUGCGCCAUUGCGCUGGACGGCUCAUCGGUUGUUUUCCUCGUUGACGAAGAUGCUAGAGUCAUCAACUGCCUACUCCACAUCCUUUAUGGAAUCUCUUCACGUAUUUACUCUCCGGACUUCGAAACGAUUGCUCAAACUUUCGAUGCCCUCGUCGAGUAUGGCUGUCAGCUCUCUGAAUGCGUACCCGCAGAUUCCGAAACUUUCAUAGAUCUCAUGUCUUACUCCGCAGACCCGAAUGCUGAUCCAUUGGCGGUCUACACUCUUGCAGCAUCGCAUGGUUUCGAGGAGUUAGCAGUUCAAUGCUCUUAUUACGCAUUGCGUGUCCCCAUAUCUUCCAUCGAUGCGCAAAGCUCCAUUACAAUGGGUCCCCUAUAUCUAGCCCGCCUUUUCAGGCUCCAUGAAGCUCGAAAAGCCGCACUAGAUAAGUUGCUCCUGAAUCCGCCAGAAUUGCACGAAAAUGCAUCGGACUGUGACUGGGAGUUGAGGAUGAGCGUGAUGCGAGCUUAUAGUCUGGUCGCAGGAUAUAUAACAUGGGAGGCGAAGGCCGAUACCAGUCCUGCGUGGAUCAAUAGCCAUUUCGAGAUGAUGAUGCAGAGCGUGGGGUGCCAUGAUUGCCGGAAAGGCGUGCGCGUGAGGGUGAUGGGUGUUGUAAGCGCUUGGGAUGAGGUAAAGAAGACGAUUUAAGAAGAGCGAGGCCUCCGGGCCCGGGUACUUUAGGAGCACAACAUCCAAUCCCACUCCGCAUAGCUCUGUUGACGGUGAUGUCUCUUGACUCUUGGAAGGUAACAGGGCUAGAAGAUCCAACAUCAUCACAAUGUACGUGGUUACACCGGUGUGAGAUGCUAAUAGAUUGCAAG